CACCACCCCCAUUCUAGAGUUUCAUAGUAAACUCCAGUACUGAAAAGCAAACUGAAUAAUGGUGCACAUUGCUGUAUCCAUCUCAGUGAUUCUAGCAGUGUUCACCUGUCAGAGCACAGCCCUAUAUGUGCCAACAAUAACUUGCAGUGCUCCUGUUGCUCCAGAGAAUGGAUAUUUCCGCCCUGUAAAAUCUCACUACCCCAUCGGAUGGAAAGUGGUAUUCCUAUGUAAUGAGGGAUAUGAGCUCUCGGGCUACACCCAAUCUGUUUGCAAACUCGUUUUCAAAUAUUGGAAAAGAGUUGGGGUUUGGAAUUUCCCACCACCAGUAUGCAAACGAGUCCAGUGCCCAGCUCUGAUUGCCCCAGCUAAUGGCAACGUGCAUGUAGGAGGUAGGUACCCUGGAAACAGAGCAGACUACUCCUGCAAUGAUGGGUUUAGUCUGAAGGGUGUGGGAUGGAGAAAGUGUCAGGACAACGGACAUUGGACGGGAGAAGCCCCAAUCUGUGAAAGAGUCCAGUGCCCAGUUCUGAUUGCCCCAGAUAAUGGCAACGUGCAUGUAGGAGGAAGGUACCCUGGAAACAGAGCAGACUACUCCUGCAAUGAUGGGUUCAGUCUGAAGGGUGUGGGAUGGAGAAAGUGUCAGGACAACGGACAAUGGACGAGAGAAGCCCCAACCUGUGAAAGAGUCCAGUGUCCAGCACUGAUUGCCCCAGAUAAUGGCAACGUGCAUGUAGGAGGAAGGUACCCUGGAAACAGAGCAGACUACUCCUGCAAUGAUGGAUUUAGUCUGAAGGGUGUGGGAUGGAGAAAGUGUCAGGACAACGGACAUUGGACGGGAGAAGCCCCAACCUGUGAAAGAGUCCAGUGCCCAGCUCUGAUUGCCCCAGAUAAUGGCAACGUGCAUGUAGGAGGAAGGUACCCUGGAAACAGAGCAGACUACUCCUGCAAUGAUGGGUUCAGUCUGAAGGGUGUUGGAUGGAGAAAGUGUCAGGACAACGGACAAUGGACGAGAGAAGCCCCAACCUGUGAAAGAGUCCAGUGCCCAGCACUGAUUGCCCCAGCUAAUGGCAAAGUGCGUGUAGGAGGAAGGCACCCUGGAAACAGAGCAAACUACUCCUGCAAUGAUGGGUUCAGUCUGAAGGGUGUGGGAUGGAGAAAGUGUCAGGACAAUGGACAAUGGACAGGAGAAGCCCCAACCUGUGAAAGAGUCCAGUGCCCAGCUCUGAUUGCCCCAACUAAUGGCAAAGUGCUUGUAGGAGGAAGACACCCUGGAAACAGAGCAGACUACUCCUGCAAUGAUGGGUUCAGUCUGAAGGGUGUGGGAUGGAGAAAGUGUCAGGACAACGGACAAUGGACAGGAGAAGCCCCAACCUGUGAAAGAGUCCAGUGCCCAGCUCUGAUUGCCCCAGCUAAUGGAAAAGUGCGUGUAGGAGGAAGGUACCCUGGAAACAGAGCUGACUAUUCCUGCAAUGAUGGGUUCAGUCUGAAGGGUGUGGGAUGGAGAAAGUGUCAGGACAAUGGACAAUGGAAGGGAGAAGCCCCAACCUGUGAAAGAGUCCAGUGCCCAGCUUUGAUUGCCCCAGCUAAUGGCAAAGUGCGUGUAGGGGGAAGGUACCCUGGAAACAGAGCAGACUACUCCUGCAAUGAUGGGUUCAGUCUGAAGGGUGUGGGAUGGAGAAAGUGUCAAGACAACGGACAAUGGACGGGAGAAACUCCAACUUGUAAAAGAAUUCUUUGUCCAGCACUUAAAGCUAUAAAAUUCGGCAAAAUACGUGUUAGCGGCAGGAAACCAGGAGAGAGAGCUGACUACUCAUGUAAUGCUGGGUAUGAUCUCAUGGGUGUGGAAUGGAGAAAGUGUCAGGACAACGGACAAUGGACAGGAGAAGCCCCAACCUGUGAAAGAGUCCAGUGCCCAGCUCUGAUUGCCCCAGCUAAUGGAAAAGUGCGUGUAGGGGGAAGGUACCCUGGAAAGAGAGCCGACUACUCCUGCAAUGAUGGGUUCAGUCUGAAGGGUGUGGGAUGGAGAAAGUGUCAGGACAACGGACAAUGGACGGGAGAAGCCCCAACCUGUGAAAGAGUCCAAUGCCCAGCUCUGAUUGCCCCAGCUAAUGGAAAAGUGCGUGUAGGGGGAAGGUACCCUGGAAACAGAGCAGACUACUCCUGCAAUGAUGGGUUCAGUCUGAAGGGUGUGGGAUGGAGAAAGUGUCAGGACAACGGACAAUGGAUGGGAGAAGCCCCAACCUGUGAAAGAGUCCAGUGCCCAGCUCUGAUUGCCCCAGCUAAUGGAAAAGUGCGUGUAGGGGGAAGGUACCCUGGAAACAGAGCCGACUAUUCCUGCAAUGAUGGGUUCAGUCUGAAGGGUGUGGGAUGGAGAAAGUGUCAGGACAAUGGAAAAUGGAAGGGAGAAGCCCCAACCUGUGAAAGAGUCCAGUGCCCAGCUUUGAUUGCCCCAGCUAAUGGCAAAGUGCGUGUAGGGGGAAGGUACCCUGGAAACAGAGCAGACUACUCCUGCAAUGAUGGGUUCAGUCUGAAGGGUGUGGGAUGGAGAAAGUGUCAAGACAACGGACAAUGGACGGGAGAAACUCCAACUUGUAAAAGAAUUCUUUGUCCAGCACUUAAAGCUAUAAAAUUCGGCAAAAUACGUGUUAGCGGCAGGAAACCAGGAGACAGAGCUGACUACUCAUGUAAUGCUGGGUAUGAUCUCAUGGGUGUGGGAUGGAGAAAGUGUCAGGACAGUGGGAAGUGGACAGGAGAAGCUCCGUCUUGCAAAGCAAAGACCUGCCCAGUGUUACCCAAAAUCAAGAAUGGGUGGGUGAAGAUUACUGAUACACACUUUGGCCAGGUGGCUAAGUACAGCUGCGCCUUGGGAUUUAACCUUGUUGGGGCCAGCAUUCGUGUGUGCAGAGCUGGUGUGUGGAACAAUAAUUCUCCAAAAUGUGUUGCCAUUCACUACUGAUGAAUAUGGCAUUAUACCUACUAAACUGGAAAUCAUAGAGAUUAUAUGACUUAAUUGUGUACAGACUAUAUAUAGCUACUAACUUGUAUUGCCUAGCUUGUUUAAUGAAAUUCAAGCACAACUUUAUGUUCAUUCACUCUACUACUUACAUGCAGUAAC